AUGGAAUCCAAAAUGCAAGAGCCUAUGAGCGCUAUUGUAUUAGACACAGGCUCUGGACUGAUGAAAGCUGGCUUUGCAAAUCAGGACCUACCAACUACUAUAUUUCCAACAGUCAUUGGACGACCCAAAUAUGAGAAUGUUUGUAGUGGGAGGAAUCAACAAGAUUUUUACAUUGGCCAUGAUGCUCAACACAUGCGAGGUAUUCUUUCCUUGCACUACCCAUUGGAACAUGGAAUUGUGACCAACUGGGAUGAAAUAGAAAAGAUCUGGCAUCACACAUUUUACCAACAACUCCGUGUUGAUCCAGAAGAGCACCCAGUCCUUCUGACUGAGGCAGCCAUGAACCCACACCAGAACCGAGAGCGAAUGGUUGAGAUCAUGUUUGAAGUCUUUAAUGUGCCUUUUUCUUAUGUGGCGAUGCAAGCUGUCUUAGCACUUUAUUCUUCAGGGAGGACAACAGGUAUAAUCUUGGACUCUGGGGAUGGAGUCACACACACUGUACCAGUCUAUGAAGGGUAUAGCCUCCCUCAUGCUGUACAACGCUUAAAUCUGGCUGGUCGAGAUCUCACAGAAUAUCUAAGAAAGCUGCUGAAAGAAAGGGGUUAUUCAUUUAAUACUUCUGCAGAGCAGGAAAUUGUUCGAGAUAUCAAAGAGAAGCAUUGUUAUGUUGCUGAAGACUAUGAAGCAGAACUGGGCAGCUUGGAAAAUGGUGAAGAACUAAACUACACAUUGCCAGAUGGACAAAUAAUUACAAUCGGCAAUGAGAGGUUCAGAGCUCCAGAGAUUUUGUUUAGACCAGAGAUGAUUGGAAGAGACCACUAUGGAAUUCAUGAGAGUCUUCUCCGCGCCAUUAUUCUCUGUGAUGUAGACCUGAGACAAACCUUUGCUGCAAACAUUAUUCUUUCAGGUGGAAACACAAUGUUAACUGGAUUAUCAGCAAGAGUACAAAAAGAAAUCUCUUCCAUGUUGCCUCUGGACCUGUCAAAAUAUGUACAUGUUACAAGCCCAGCAAAUCGGGACUUCACAGUGUGGAGCGGGGGUGCUGCCCUGGCAAAUUCAUCUGCCAUUGAGUGUGCCUGGAUCAACCGAGAAGAAUAUUAUGAAUUUGGUCCAAAGAUUGUUCAUAGGAAGUGUUUUUAA